CGGCUCCAGACCGGCAUGUCGCCGAUGCCUCCACACGGGCACCACGUGCUUCUACGGCUAUGGCAAGGGUUGGAGGAAGCGAAAGUAAGUCUGCGCACGCUGGGACUUUCAGGUCGUAAUUUCUCCAGCACAGCUGUGCUGACUCGGGAUUGCAGGACCGCGGAAGAUCUUACUGCGACUUCCCGUCGUCUGGCACGGUAUGAGAGCCUCUUGAACGAAAUCCUACCAAUGGUGUCCCCUGAAGUGCGGGUUCUGAUCGAGGACGCACGCGACAAUGACACUGGCGCAUCUAACAAUGGUUCUGAAACUAAUGAGACCGAGCAAAAUCUCCAACCGCCGACAUUGCUCAAGAACGAGUCAACCAUGUCUGGAUCGAGUGCGCGCAUCAUCCUCCCGUUGCCGGUACCUAGCCUUGGUGCUGGGGCCAGCCCCCUUCCUCCAACGGCUUCGCGUUCGUCAACUUCCUCAGGCACUUUCGAGUCUGUCCCGCCUCUCCCGACUGCCACCACAAGCGGUAGUGCCAAUGUUCAACAAACACAACGACUUUCCCCGGACUCUAACCCUGUAGCACGGUUGCCGUCCAUCACAGCUGAUGGGCAGCUAAUCGAGGCCGGGGUCAGAGAUCAUUCACCAACAAGUCUCCAUCACCGGCCCGAUUCAGCCGCAAGUUAUGGCAUGGGAGCGACGCCAACCUCCCCCACUAGUCUUGCGUCCCAAGGAGGUGCGUUUUCCGGACCGUAUCCCGGACGUUCACAUACUGACUGUCGGAGAAGAAAUGGCGAGGCCACAACAAUUCACCCCUGGUUGAAAUCCACC